CAGUGAUGCUAACCCAGCAGCUAUCUACACCUGGUACAAGGAGGACGAGGACUCACCAAAAGCAUCAGGACAAAUCUUCACCAUCACUAAUAUCACAGCUGAACAUGCUGGAAAUUAUCAGUGUGAGGUCCAGAACACACGAGGACGUAGUAAGGCCACCUUACAUCUGACUGUUGGAGCAGGUGCAUGGAAAUCAGCAGUGACUGGAACAACCACAGCUCUUCUCCUGGUGGUCAUACUCCUCGCUGUCUUCCUGUGGAUCAGAAGAAACAAGUCCUUCACACAACAACGUGAGUGCGGUGAGAGACCAGAAGACAGAGCGCAGUCACAGACGAGAGCAGCAGCUACUAUGAGUGUAACUGCAGCAGCGAGUGGAUUUGUUGUCCUUCUUCUCACUGUGACAGUGGUACAGUGUGAGAAUGGCUGGGAUGUGAGUUACACUUCUACUGAGAUCUGUGCCGUCAGAGGAUCAACAGUGGACAUUACCUGUACCUACACAUACCCAUCCACAUUUAAUAACCAUGAUACUACAGUUCAGGAAACUUUCUGGUUCAUUCAAGAGAGUAAUGGGAUUCACGUUGAUCUUAGGACUGAUCCGGAGUAUUCAGGUCGUGUGGAGUAUCUCUGUGGAAACAACAAGUGCACUCUGAGAAUCUCUAACCUGAGAGAGAGCGACUCAGCUGUGUACAAGUUCAGGUUCACAACAAACCAACCUACUGGGAGUUUAACUGGUUCAGCUGGAGUCACUCUGUCUGUCACAGAUUUGCAUGUGCAGGUGAGCACAUCAGUGAAGUCUGACACUUAUUACCAUGCAGAGCUCAGGUGUCAGAGCAGUUGUCGUCUUCCUGAUCAUCUGAACUACGUCUGGUACAGGAAUCAACAGAAGAAGAUAGGAGUAUCUUAUACAGGUUAUUUGUAUUCUGCAGACAGAGUUUCCUGUGCUGUUAAAGGACACAAGGAUUUCCGCUCUCCGUCAAUGUUGGUAAGGAGUCAGAAUGGCUGGAAUGUGAGUUACACUUCUACUGAGAUCUGUGCCUUCAGAGGAUCAACAGUGGACAUUACCUGUACCUACACAUACCCAUCCAGGUUGAAUCACCUUGAUACUACAGUUCAGAAAACUUUCUGGUUCAUUCAAGAGAGUAAUGGGAUUCACGUUGAUCUGAGUACUGAUCCGAAGUAUUCAGGUCGUGUGGAGUAUCUCUGUGAAAACAACAAGUGCACUCUGAGAAUCUCUAACCUGAGAGAGAGCGACUCAGCUGUGUACAAGUUCAGGUUCACAACAAACCAACCUACUGGGAGUUUAACUGGUUCAGCUGGAGUCACUCUGUCUGUCACAGACCCUCAGCUCCAGGUACAUGUGAGGAGAUCAACAGCCAAUCCAUAUUCUACCUGGACAGAGCUGACCUGUCACAGCAGGUGUCAGCUCCCUGAUCAUCUUUCCUACGUUUGGUACAAUAACAAGAAACUUGUUGGACGAAAAAAAUACUUUCACCUCCGACACUUUAAUGCUGAAGACAGCUAUCACUGUGCUAUAGAAGGACAUGAGCGUUUCCCUUCUCCUACAUUGUACGCUCCAAAGCCUCCCUCUGUGUCAGUGAGUCCCUCUGGUGAGAUCAUGGAGGGCAGCUCGGUGACUCUGACCUGCAGCAGUGAUGCUAACCCAGCAGCUAAUUACACCUGGUACAAGGAGAACCGAACUCUGCUUCAAGGACCAGAGGGCGUUUAUCGUCUCUCCUCCAUCAGCUCUGGGGACAGCGGGGUCUACUCCUGCAAGUCUGAGAAUCAGUACGGACGGAUCAACUCCACGUCUCUACACUUAGACGUCCAGUACGCUCCAAAGCCUCCCUCUGUGUCAGUGAGUCCCUCUGGUGAGAUCAUGGAGGGCAGCUCGGUGACUCUGACCUGCAGCAGUGAUGCUAACCCAGCAGCUAAUUACACCUGGUCCAAGGAGGACGAGGACUCACCAAAAGCAUCAGGACAAAUCUUCACCAUCACUAAUAUCACAGCUGAACAUGGUGGAAAGUAUCAGUGUGAGGCCCAGAACACACAAGGACGUAGUAAGGCCACCUUACAUCUGACUCUCGAAUAUGCUCCAAAGGUUCCCUCUGUGUCAGUGAGUCCCUCUGGUGAGAUCAUGGAGGGCAGCUCAGUGACUCUGACCUGCAGCAGUGAUGCUAACCCAGCAGCUAAUUACACCUGGUACAAGAGAAGUGGAGAUGAAACAGUUCAACCUCUCAGUGAAGAGACACAAUUUGUCCUCAGCUCCAUCCGGUCGUCAGACUCUGGAGAGUAUUACUGCACAGCUGAGAAUGAGCUGGGAAGGAGUUCAGCAAACAUCUCUAUUACUGUGACAUAUGCUCCACAGUCCUCCUCUGUGUCAGUGAGUCCCUCUGGUGAGAUCAUGGAGGGCAGCUCGGUGACUCUGACCUGCAGCAGUGAUGCUAACCCAGCAGCUAAUUACACCUGGUACAAGGAGAACCGAACUCUGCUUCAAGGACCAGAGGGCGUUUAUCGUCUCUCCUCCAUCAGCUCUGGGGACAGCGGGGUCUACUCCUGCAAGUCUGAGAAUCAGUACGGACGGAUCAACUCCACGUCUCUACACUUAGACGUCCAGUACGCUCCAAAGCCUCCCUCUGUGUCAGUGAGUCCCUCUGGUGAGAUCAUGGAGGGCAGCUCGGUGACUCUGACCUGCAGCAGUGAUGCUAACCCAGCAGCUAAUUACACCUGGUCCAAGGAGGACGAGGACUCACCAAAAGCAUCAGGACAAAUCUUCACCAUCACUAAUAUCACAGCUGAACAUGGUGGAAAGUAUCAGUGUGAGGUCCAGAACACACAAGGACGUAGUGAGGCCACCUUACAUCUGACUGUUGGAGCAGGUGAGUCAUGUGAAGUCCUAACACCUUUAGAGGUUCUGGAGCUGUGGAUUGACUUUAGCCUGACUUUCUUUUUUCACCUGGAUCAUUGA